AGCCAUUUUAGCUCAAGCCGCCUCAAGCGCAAGGGGCCAGGCCCUUUCUCUUCCUCCAGAUUCCAGGUCUUCCGCGCGCCGCCCGCGCGCGUUCCGGUCGCGUCCCCCCCAUCAUGCUCCACAAUGCGGCUGGCAACAACAAGAACGACGAAGCAGCCAAGCUGCGCCCGCUGGAGAUCCUCACAGUCUACAUGUCGCUCGGGGCCACGGUUCUCAGCAUCAUUUUGUGGAUCGCCAUCGUCUCCAUUGGCGACGAAUGGAUCAAGAAACGGAACUUGUUCUACAGUAUCGACACGGACUUGCUCCACGUUUACGUGGGGCACGGUUUUGUUGGCAAGGCGUUCCAGAAGGCGGCGGAGCACCUGUCAGGACAUGAGAUCGCAAUCCUGCAGGCCUUCCCGCACAAGAAGUUCUAUCUGGAGGAGUUUCGCGAGUUCAUCUGCACACUCCCGAAGAUCCCUGGCUACACCGUCAACCUCUGCCUGAUGUGGACAGGAGUGCAGUAUGGGUCUUGGAUGAUGCUGUUCGGCGUGGUGCUGGGGACCAUCUUCAUGGCGAUCGCUGGUGUCCUGCUAUACUGGUACGCCUUCAUCAAGGCGCGCAAGAUCACCCGCGUCUUCUACAAGCUGUUUUACAUCUUAGCCCCUCUUGUGCAAAUUACGGCGACCGCUGGAUAUGUCUCGGCUACCAUUUUGGUCGAGGACAUGCUUCCUGCGGGUCAGGGUGUCAGCGUGGGAUCCAGCGUCAUGUUCUCCUUCGGCGCGUGCCUUCUCUCGGCCGUUCCGUGCGUAAUCGUGUCCUUUAUGCUGGGCACGCUGCACGUGGAGAAGGUGAACGAAUUCCGGUCUGACCAGAAGAAGUUCGCGAAGGAAAACCCCGAGUUGUACGGCUCCACUGACACCCCCACGCCCGUGGCCUCGGUGCAGGGCGCAGAGUUCGGCCAGCAGCAGGGGCCGUGGCAGACGCAGGGGCAGUGGCAGCCGCAGGGGCCGUGGCAUCCCCAGGGGUGGCAGCCUCAGGGGCAGAUGCAGCCGCAGCAGGCGUGACGCCGAAGAGCUGGCCGAGAGGGCGGGCGCUGCCAGGCCCCCGCGGGAGCGCAGACUUCGUCGGACGCUCAAAC